CCUCAAUCUCAUAAAGUCAUCCCAAAUCUAAACUCAACCAUCAAAAAGUCUCCUAACCUUCCUAAAAGCCCAAGAUGCCCACCAACUGGAUCCUUGGCGAUCUCUUCACAAGAGACUACGGCCACGCUGGCAGCAUCGCAACCCUCUGGGCGCAGCGCUGGCACUUCCCCUGCAAGCGCGGCGUCUACCCAUUCCACGACGGCGUAUUCGAAGACUUCGAGCCCAUCUUCACCCACCUCAUCGCUAAGGAUAUCAACGACCCCUAUUCGGACGCGUACACCUCCGCCUUCCUCCCCGCCGCCGACGCGCUUGUCGCAAAAGCAGAAGGCGCAGAGAACUCAGACAAAGCCCUCGCCAUCCAGUUCUACAAGCGCGCCAACGCGAUCUAUAGAUUGGCGAGGUUCCCCUACAUCAGCGGCGACUUGAAGAAACAGGUCUUCGAAACCCAGAAGCGCGCGUACCUCCGCGGUGCGAGCCUUUGGGAUGUUCCGGUCACUGAGACGGUGGUACAGCAUACUCAUGCUGGUACUGGUGAUGGCGAUGCUAUCCCGCUCUACCUACGCAUUCCCCCGACCGCUUCAAAAUCCUCGCCUUGCCCGGUUGUGCUGUUGAUCACCGGGCUCGACGGCCAUAGGCCUGACAACACGGAGCGCACGGAAGAGCAUCUGAAGCGCGGCUGGGCGACCGUGAUCUGCGAUAUCCCCGGGACGACGGUGGAUUGUCCGGCGGCGAAGACGGAUCCGUUGUCGCCGGACCGGCUGUUCACGAGCAUCUUAGAAUGGAUUGCCUCUCAGCCGCAGUUUGACAGCAAGAAAGUGCUCGCGUGGGGCUUGAGUGCAGGCGGCUACUACGCCAUCCGCCUUGCGCACACCCACGCCUCCUCUCUUGUUGGGUCCGUCGGGCACGGGGCAGGGACGCACCAUUACAUCGGCCGCGAGUGGCUCGAGCAGGUUGGGAAGCACGAGUACCCCUUCGGACUGGAGCGGGCGUAUUGCGAGAAGUAUGGGUAUGAGAGCUUUGAGGAGAUGAAGGAGAAGUGUCAGAAGACGUUUAGUCUGGUUAGUGGAGAGGGGGAGGGGGUUGCGGUGGUGGGGAAAGGGUUACCGAGUUGCCGUUUGCUGCUGAUUAAUGGGGUGUUGGAUGGGUGUAUGCCGAUUGAGGAUAGUACGUUGCUGAUGGAGUAUGGGACGCCGAAGGAGGGGAGGUUCGUUCAGGGGAGAGCACAUAUGGGGUAUCCAGAGGCUAAUUCGUAUGUUUAUCCAUGGAUGGAGUCGAUUCUUGUUACGGCGAGUUGAAGGGGAAAGCAAGAGUAGGGAGGGGAGGGUAGGAUAUUUUCGGUAAAGCAGCUAAUUUACCGCUCAAAGGGUCAGAACCAACGCUACGAAACAUAUGCCACUGAAAGGCUGCUUUGAGGCAGAGUAUAACCCAUCAUCUUCACAUAUGUAAUCAACUCGUUGAAGUUAAAGGUAAAAAGA